UAAAAACUUGAACAUGAAGCAACUCAAGAGGCUGUUCUCAGCCAAUAAGCAUACAAAAUCUCUUGCCAUGAUCGAUUGCACAUUUCGCCUUCUAGCUUGCCCAGACUUUUCAGAUUGAUUCAGAGGCACAACUCUGUCCUUACUUAGCCUAUUUUAUGUGGGGGUAGUAAACAGAGAUGAGGCAGAUGAACACUUUCAUGAGCUGGAUGGACUGAUUUCAGGCUUAUCAAAAUCCCCAGAUCUUCAUAAAAGUAUCAAGAAAAUUGAAAUUAUCACCUUCAAAACCUCCCAGCAGCAAGACGAUCAAGUUCUAGCGAAGUAUGGGUUUCCUUGUGACUAA